GAGAUAAACUAACCUCUGUCGCACUGGAAAUCGUGCUCUAAACGUUUUAUUAAUAUCAAUCAAGACGUUUAUAACGGCAUUUUGUUUACAAUUUUCACUGAAUUUAAUAUAAACGUACACAAUGAGUGAACUAAACGACGAAAAACUGAAAAUGAUGGAGGAUGAAAUGAACAGGUUUGAAGAGGAGAUCGGUCUGCCAAACUUGCCAUUACCUCCAAGUCCUCCCAAACCUGCGAUACAACCUGUGAUAGGAGCUAACACCUUCAACACAGUGCAGGCACAGUUGAACAAGAUUGAACAUGUUGCUCCUGGCCCCGGCAUUAUACCACCUCCUCCUCCUCCCCCGCCGAUGUUUGUACCUCCGCAGGUACAGAGGAUGGGCGGUCCUAUGCCCAUGGAUGGUUCAGGACCACCAAUGCAGUUUGGUCCUCCUGGAGGAUUUCCCAUGGGCUUUGGACCAAUGGGACCUGGUGGACCUAGACCAAUGCCACCGAUGGGUGGACCUAUGGGUCCUGGACAUAUGGGACCAGGACCAAUGGGUCCAGGACCAAUGGGACCAGGCCCUAUGGGACCAGGCCCUAUGGGACCAGGACCAAUGGGACCAGGACCUAUGGGUCAAGGACCAAUGGGACCAGGACCUAUGGGACCAGGCCCCAUGGGACAAGGACCAAUGGGACCAGGCCCUAUGGGACCAGGACCUAUGAGGCCUGGGCCUAUGGGACCAAUGGGUCAUGGACCCAUGGGCCGAGGUCCAAUGCCGCCGAUGGGACCUCACGGUCCAGGACCUAUGUUGGGACCAGGACCCGGCUUUAUCCCUCCUCCUCCAGAGUUUGUUCAAGCCAAAGUUCAGUCUUCACAAGGCCCAGUUGUUCUCAGUGGUGCCCCAAAGAAGUACAACGCAGGAGGGUCAGAUGAGCCAGCCAAGCAAGUGACUGUCGGUCCUGAAUAUCCGUUGGAACUAGCUGAACAGCUGCAAAACGAGGAGAAGAAGAACAAGAAACAAAAGUCCAGUGCAAAAGAGAUGGCGGAGAAAGUGAAAGCUACAAUGGUUGUUUCAACAGCGCAAGACGCGGUGAGUCCACAGAACCAAAGCAACCAGAAGAAGAAAGACAAAAAGAACAAGAAGUUCAUCAGGACUGCGGGUGGACAUACGUGGGAAGAUACUUCGUUGGCUGAAUGGGAAGAUGACGACUUCCGUUUGUUCUGUGGUGACCUGGGAAACGAUGUUACGGACGAAGUUCUAACAAGAGCAUUUAGUAAAUACCCAUCGUUCAUGAAGGCGAAAGUGGUGCGUGACAAAAGGACAAACAAAACAAAAGGGUUUGGUUUUGUCAGUUUUAAAGACCCUCAAGAUUUCAUCCGAGCAACCAAAGAAAUGAAUGGGAGGUACGUGGGAAGUAGACCUAUCAAGCUACGUAAGAGUAUGUGGAGAAACAGAAGCCUAGACAUUGUGCGGAAAAAGGAUAAGGAAAAAGCAGCUCUCAUAGGAUUACUAACUGGUCGAACAUAAUCUAAGUCAUCAUUUUUGUACAUAUUAGGAAUAAAUUAUAUUUUGUACGUA